AUGACGCAAUCAGCAGGAGCGGGAAGUAGUCACUGGCGCAGCACGGAUUUCUAUAGUGGCAACAGCAAACUUUCGCAUUACGAACAGUUCCAAGACUUUGAUUCAUCAGUGAUCACAAACACUCUGCAGGAUUCGUGGCAGUGCCCGUCGCAGCGUCAACAAACGAUCAGCGUGGUGGAAUUAUCCCAAAUUACAGGGAUCAGUAUGGCUUGGAUAAACGUGGUGGGACUAGCAAUUCAUCCAAAUGCUUCAGCAAAUGUUCCUCAAGCUCGUGCAAUUUCUCUGUUGAUUUCACGCGGUCGGCGGCAGCUUCAGAUUUCUGGAAAAGCUAUUGAAUGGAAAAGACAAGCACUCACCGGGGAGCUGACAAAUCUUCGUCGCGCAUUUGCUCUGCAAGCGUUGCAACAAACGUGUCUCGUCAGGUUGUCACUCGAGGAGCUAGGCGACACGCGACCACGAAAAAGGACUGCAUGUUUGAACGGUGAGCAGCGCUAUGCUAUGUCCCAUCACACUGCUGAUCAGGCACUCGUGGCUGAACGCUUCAGUCUCCAGCCACUAGCCGGGAGGUCACUAGAAAUUCGUGAGAUGCACGCUGCUGAUGAAUCCGAACACGUUUCGUGGCCCCCUUACCAUCAUCCAACGCUCUGGCAGCUGGACGAUUACCAGUUAAUAGAGUUUAAGGGCGGUAACGAAAUUCAACUCGUGUACACGUUGCAAUUCUGA